CUCAUCAUGGAAGCGUAAUCAGAUUCUAUACAGUUUCUCUGGAUACAUGGGACUUGUGGCCGUGGGCUGUGCGUCAAAGCUUAUUGAAGUAUGAAGGCUUGGCAACCCAAUUCUCCUUUCCCUAUGACUGAGUGCCGCGCCGAUAGCGGCCUGAAACCAUGGCCCCACUGUACUGCCCAUCGCGUCUCGCCGGGCCUCAGUUAGGAGCAUGAUCUAGGUUCUGGACCGAUUUCUCUUCUUUAUUUAUUCCGCCUGCCUUUGGCGCUCUCAGGACCAGCCUGAAGUUUGCCAGCCAAAUAUCCAGAACACAUAAACACUCCAAUCAGUUUGGUCGUGCGGCUGUUCCAGUGCUGAUUAGCGUGACGCUGACAUCGAUUCACUUGGUUGUGGGCUGCAAGUAAUAGUGUGGUGGCGGGGAUGGGGGAAGGAACUGGAGACUUGUACUUUAUGGAUUGAGCAGCGUAUUUUUUGGACCAUGCGAGGUUAUGUUCGAGGAAUCAUGUCCCCAAUUCGAACGAUGUGUUGAGGGCGAGGGCGAAGACGGGGAUACCGGAGUUAGUGGGGGUCAGUUGAAUAUCCAGUACGUUUUCUUUUCCCCCUUCCCAUUAGCAUAUGGAAACUCCACCUUGUUUUUCAUGUUUGACGUGGGCGGUCAACGAUCCAAGGGUGGAUUCACUGUCCCGAAUCCGUCACCUCCAUCAUCCUUUGCGUCGCGCUAUUGGAAUACGGUCAACCACUCCGCUCAGAAUCAGGUGAAGGGGUCCCUUGCGCUGUUUGAAAUGGUUUUUCUCAUAAAUAGGAAGGAUGUGUUUAUGGAGAAGAUUGCAGGGAAGGCUGUAGCAGAGGGACAGGGUGGUGAGAGUGAGAGUGAGAGUGGGAAUGAGAAUGGGAAUGGGGCGGGAGGGCGGAGCCGGUGUCGGGGGUUGGAGUGUGAAUGAGGAUGUGGGCGAGCGGAGUGCGAGAGAUUUAGGAGAGCUGUUAGAGAGUAUCUUCCCUGAAUAUACAGGUGGGAGAGAUAUGAACAAGGUGGCCAAGUUUUAUUUUGUGAAAGUUUUCGUGGGCGAAUAGGGCGAAGUUGACUGUUUACCCUCGCGACUGAUACAAGAAAUGCUUGUGCUUUUUAUUGCUUGCCGUUCGCUGAAUGCCUC